CUCGAUAUCGAAAGGACAAAAGAACCAUCCAGCUUGUGCGCAUCAAGUCGGAUCCACCAUGGCAACGAAUACAAAGAAAUACCUUAGGCUUGCACAAUCAUUACACCCUCGAUUGAGUCGUUUCUUCGCGCGCUACCCACCUCAAGCCAUCCUCUCGCCAUCUGGCACCACAGUCCCUCCCUCUCAAGACUCAAUCAUAGCAUCUGCGGAUCAUAUACCAUCGCAAGAAGAUGCAUCAGCGUCUCCCAAUCCAUUCAAAGCCCAGAAACAUCCUGUGACUGGCAGAUGGCACGAUCCAGUUUUUUCACUACGACGACAAGCUGAUCUUGUGAAGCUUGCACGAAAAUAUGGCGUUGAGGAAUUAUUACCAUAUACGGUGAAGGGCACAGAGGAGAGAAUAAGGAAGAGAGUAGAAAAUGGUCUCAGAGUGAAGGGUACAGGAGUUGGACAACGUGUGAAGGGAAAGGAAUCAGAGCGGACAUUGAAGGGACGUUUGGAGAAGCGAAGACAAGCAAUGUUGGAGAUGCCGCAGAUGAUCCAGACUUGGAAAGAGAGAGGACAUGGUCGUGGAUGGAAGAAGUGGCCCAAAUAGGUUGGAAUGUUGUACUUGCAUUAUCUUGGCUUCGAUCACGAAGGAGUGACUUGUUUGUACAAAUAUCACAUGUGAUGGGUUCUUGCAUGGGUCAUGGCGUCGAGAUUCAUCAAAACGUACCAACUAUGCGUUGACUCUGUAGAUUCUAUGAAAGCAAGGAAGCUACAAGCUAGGAAUGUUGAGAAGUUGAAAUCGUCUGAUGUCCGCGUUCAAGUCGACUGAUGACGAAGUACUCGCAUCUAGGCCUGUUCCAGGUCUUGGAACCACAUGUUCGUCGAUAUUACGGGGCAUAUAUUGUCACCCAUGUGGUGCCUUUGACUUACUAACCAUUCAUUCUCGAACCUGGCUUGGAGAUAUAUAUAUAUAUAUAUAGAUAGAUAGAUAGAUAGAUAUAGUUGAUGUGACUGUACUUGGCAAGCCCAGGUAAAAAGGUACGAGUUAAAGAAUGUUAAACGUAAGACAGGCUGAGUAGACAUAAUUUUGAGCUGUGAACGUCGAG